GGAAAUGAAAGAGGGAUAUCCCAAUAACAGAGUGCUCUCUCUCUAUUCGCUAUGGAUGGAUUAUACAUCAUUGUAUAUAGUGUCGAAGAGAAAUAUACAAGAUUCAUUUGAAGGAUUUGCAAACACACUGCAUCCUUGCUGAGGCCGUGCCAAGCUCGGGAAGUUCUCUAAGAAGCUGCAGAGCUCGUUAAAUCGCCAAUGAUACGUGUCUCCUGCUCCGAAUCUGUAUAUUUUGUUGCCAAGUUCAAUCGUGCUGUAACCGGGUACCUUCUUCAGACCCGUUCUUUCCAUCUUCGACCUCACCGUCCCAAACUCCACCCAUU